AUAAACAAGCUAUUCUAUCAGUUCAAUUAUGUUACUGAACCGUACCUUUUUGAGCUCGCUUCACCGAAACCGAAGUCGCUGGGUCUCGACGUGGACUCCGCUAGCUACGGUAUUCAAUGCGCUUCCAGCCAGACGAAUCAACUUAACCCGCGCUGACGUGGGACUCUUUCGCAUGCCCGAGCUGCGAAGCUUCGAGGGGUUUUACCUACUGCGGGACAAAGUGGAGACCCGGACGCAGGAGCUUAUCUCGGAGGCCAUCUCACCGCACCGCCGACGAAAAAUGGUUGACAUAUUUGACGAGCUAUCCGACUCCCUAUGCAAGGUGGCAGACCUGGCCGAGUUCGUACGGAUCGCGCAUCCCCAAAGCAAGUAUACCCAGGCGGCGGAGCAGGCCUGCAUCAGCAUUUGUGGCGUGGUGGAGCGCCUAAACACUCACAAGCCUAUUUAUAAGGCCCUGAGCGAAGUAGUGGAGCAUGGGGACAAGCUUCCAACCAGCGAAGUGGACAGGCAUGUGGCCAGUCUGUUCAUAUUCGACUUCGAACAGUGUGGUAUUCACUUGCGCGAGGAGGAGCGCCUGCGGGUUGUGCGCCUAAACGACUGCAUUCUUCGGCUGGGCCAAAAGUUCAUGAAUGGAGCCGUGCAACCCAGUGUUAUUGGGCGCCGCCACGUUCCUGUGGCCAUUCGUAACUACUUUCCCACCUCAGGUGACAAUGUAAUUGUCACUGGACUUUGCACAAGUGCGGAGAGCGUCCAGAUGCGGGAGGCUGCCUAUCGACUAUACCUGCAGCCAUCCGAUAGUCAGGAAAGUCUGUUAAGAGAUCUGCUGCUUUGCCGGCAUGAGCUGGCCCGCAGCUGUGGGUUCGAUACCUAUGCCCAUCGGGCUCUUAAUGGCAGCACCAUGGAAGGACCGGAGAUAGUCCGCGAGUUUAUAGACCAACUGUCCGAGAAGCUGCGACCUCGUGCUGAUGCCGACUUUGCCCAAAUGACACAGAUGAAAAGACGGGAGAGCGGGCAGGCAGGCGCAAUGGCCGAAGUGUGGGACACGCCGUAUUUCACCUCUCGGCUAAGGCGGCAAUCGCUUAAAGCGCAUACCAACGAGUUUCUGCCGUUUUUCUCCCUUGGCGGAUGCAUGGAAGGACUGGACAAUCUUCUGCAGGCGCUCUAUGGUGUUCGACUAGAGAAUACGGAUAUAGAGCCGGGUGAGUCCUGGCACAACGACGUUUAUAAGCUGGCCGCGGUGCACGAGACGGAAGGACUGUUGGGCUAUAUAUACUGCGACUUCUUUGAGCGAGCGGGCAAGCCCAGUCAAGACUGUCACUUUACCAUCCAGGGCGGUAAGCGUCUGCCGGACGGCACCUACCAGUUGCCCGUGGUGGUGGUCAUGCUGAGUCUAGCGCAGCCGCGAUGGAGUUUACCGAGUCUCCUAUCGCCAGCGCGAGUGGAUAACCUGUUCCACGAGAUGGGCCACGCUAUGCACUCAAUGCUAGCUCGCACCGAACACCAGCACGUAACAGGAACGCGCUGCUCCACGGACUUUGCCGAAGUCCCAAGUGUGCUCAUGGAGUACUUCGCCGGCGAUCCACGCGUGCUCCGAACCUUUGCCCGCCACUUCCAAACUCGUAAACCGAUUUCCGAGGACAUGCUGAUGCGGCUGUGUGCCUCCAAACACCAUUUCGCCGCCAGUGAGACACAGCUUCAAGUGUUUUACUCGGCUCUGGACCAGGAGUACCAUGGAAUAGGGGCGCGGCAGGGUGGAAGCAGCACCGAGACACUGCGGUCAGUGCAGAGUCGUUACUACGGGCUUCCCUACGUGGAGAACACUGCGUGGCAACUGCGUUUCUCCCACCUGGUAGGCUACGGGGCUAAGUACUACUCUUACCUCGUUUCGAAGACAAUCGCCUCCUGGAUUUGGCAGACAUACUUUGAGGCGAACCCCUUUAACCGUCAAGCAGGCGAGAAAUACCGGUCCGAAGUUCUGGCUCACGGCGGAGCAGUGCCCAGCCGAAAGCUGGUGACAAACUUCCUGCAGCGCGAAAUGACGCCCAGCGUGUUGGCCAACAGCUUGAUAAACGAGAUUGACUCAGACGAGUUAAAAAUUAAAGAACUUAUGGUCGGCAGAGGCUAGCACUGAUCAAACUCUUUUAAUUGUCUAUACUUUUCGUAUUAAACUUUGUUAAAUUUAAUUUCGUGUAAGGU